AUGCUCAAUCGCUUACAACAUCAUUACAAUAAUGAUACUGAUCUGAUUUUUGACGACACGAUCGCAAAAGGACAUGGUUUUCUAUAUCUCCCACUCCAUAGAGCAGGGACGGAAUUCCUUGUCGGACACACUGGGCACGGUUGUCAACAAGUGGUUUACGACCUAAAGAACAAAGUUUCUAUAGCAUAUGUUAGUAACGGGUUGAAGACUGGUCUCUAUGAUCUGUGUAGGACUUACAGUCGACUACAGGAUUCCAUAUAUGAUAUUGUUGAGUCACGGCUUCGUAGUCAAAAUACGCUCAAUUGA